AUGAAUGAAUUUGUUAAGAUGAAUGGUGAUUGUGUUGAUGUGGCUGUGUUUUAUUGGUUGGAGGAUGGUCGUCACUCACAAGGACUGCACGUGCUUAAGUUGGGAGGAGAAAUAGCUGCUCAUUAUGUCUUAUUCCUUUCUUUCAUGAAGUUUAGACUGUUAUUAACAGACUGGAUUGAUAAGAAUACAAAUGAAACCCUAUGCAGGUCACUUGUUGCAAACUUGUCAGCUGCAAACUGCUAUAAAUCUGAACACCUGAAGAGACCAGAAAAUUGGGCCUUAGUUGAAAAGGCCAAGUACUACUAUAUUGCUGGAUUCUUCCUCACUGUUUCCCAAGAGUCUAUCCUACUUGUUGCUGAGCAUGCUGCUGCAAAGAACAAGGAUGCGAGUUUAAAGUUUGCAUUUUAUUAUCUGGUAUCCUCAAAUCUCUACAAAACCCGCCAGGUAAGAAAUCUCACAUGA